UCUUCUACGGCUCUCCGGUGCUUUCGCUUUUUCGAGGAUCCAGUGUGUUUCGCCACCCGAGGAGAACCCGCGUGCUCCACGUACAUUCAGCGCGAAGUAUAAACGCGAGAGAUUAAUUAAGGCACCAACAUGACUACGCAGAAAGCGAGAUUUGUAAACAAACAGUUCAACUCUCCUAUCAAUUUGUAUUCGCCUCAGGCGAUACAGGAAACUCUGGAUAGACAAACUCAAGUUUUGGCUAACGGUGCAGUCGGGAUCGACUUCAGUCAGUUGGCCAAACCAGCGAACUUGCAGAACAGCGCGGUUCUACGUAUGCUCGAAGAAGAAGAAAUGAGACAGCGCGGUGAUCAACCCGGUCUUAAACGAGUAGCUUGGCCACCGCCUCCAGAGGAUCAAGACUUCGACUACAUUGAACAAGCUCCCGUCCAAGCGAAGACCCGUGGGUACGGUGAAUUCGGCUCAUACCAGAGCAGUCCCUCGUCGGGUCCGUCACCCCAACCGUCCUCGACGGUCGCACGGUCAUCGACACAGAGCGCCGUCCCGUCGUCCCCGUCACCGAUUAGUCCUGGCGGCACGCUCCUGCGACAGCCCUCAUACUUCCAACAACAGCAGACGAACCUCAGGAGCUGGGCGCCUGUGACACCUCCGGCAACCUCGCCACUCUCUCAACAGCAUCCCCUAUUUCCGAGCCAACAACAGCAACAGCAACAACAAAUCCAGCCUUGGCAGCAGCAUCCCCAGGAUCCGUACGACCGGACACCGCAGAGACAGCAGCAACAGCAGCAGCAGCAGCAUAAUCUAUCUAAUUAUUAUACACCCACCCCUGCGGUGUUCGAAGCACCACCCUCUACUAUCGUCCUUCGUCCUGAGCCGCCUAUCUCGCAGGCACCAGCGAUGGUAUACCAGGCCCAACCCGCAGCAACGAAAGCUCCAACAACAGGCAAUAUGCGAGGAGAUAUGAAAUGGCCACCGGCAUCCGUGAAAGCCCAGGUCGAGGCGGAGAACCGUGCCAGGAUGGAGCUCGCAAAGGGCCCUGCUUUCAGGCCUCGUCGAGUGCACAAGGACUAUAGCGGUUUUUUCGCGCAACACGCCCUAAACAGCAGCUACCCGGGCUAUCGAGCACCUCCGGGCACCCAGUACUUCACUCCGACUUAUCAGCAUUAGCAAUCAGUAUUCCGUUUCCAAGCAACGCAUUCGAGCACAAGGUGUCGUCCUGAGUCUCUCAUCGAUUGGGAUGCUCAGGACGCUGUUUGCGAAUCUUAACGAAAAUCGCAAAAAAGCCAAAGAAAUAUAUAUAAGAACUAAUUUCUUCGUGAAUAGAAGAAACACGACUGUAAAAAAAAUUCGACGCAGAAUUUCAUCCUGCAACAUAAUUUCGUCUUUCCAUUUUUUUUUUUUUUUUCCAUUUAGAAGUCACGUUUCUAUGCACGUAUAUUAUUGUGCUGCAGCCCUUUCAGAAUGUAAUUCAAUUAAUAUUAAAAAGAAAUUCCACUUCAUGCGUUUCUCAGAUUUUUAGAGACUUUCGAUCUGGAUUUCGAGCUUCAACGAACCUGUAUUCUGUAUUAUAUACAGAAACUGAACGAUUGUCUUUCAUCUUUGCAGGAUAGCGUAAACUAAUAACAAUAAUUAAUUAUCGAAAACAUUUUACAGCAUUCGGUUUAUUAUUCAAACAUCGUUCAGAGUUCUCACACUUGUGAGCGUCGCGUUCUUCUAUUUUUAAUCUGAAAAUAUAAGAACUUAUUUGUCAUUACUAAUGUAUUUAUUUGUUUAAAACAUUUAUUUUAUUUUUUCACGCGAGAAACUGCUUUCUUCGAAUCUAAAAAUUCCUUUUUGUACGAAGACAUCUUCGGUUUGGGAAUUUCUGAUCUAGAUGGACUCAAUGUUGUGAUAGAAUUAACGCUGCGCGCGCGCGCGAACAGAUUUCACAGAUUUACAAGACUAACGCUUGCCAUACGAAUCGCAAGAGUGGCGGAUCGCAAAGAAUAAUGUAGCAGCAGAUUGUGCUUUUUACUGCGAAGGCCAUGACGAUAUGGAAAAAA